UAAUUAGGAGCCCACAGACCAGAACUUGCUUCAUUCAGACCGGAACUUUAAACGGGGUGGGCAUCACUUCUGAGCGCCGCGCGUCGAUUUUAGAGACAUUUUUUUUUCUUCUUCUUCUUCUUCUUCCAUCCUCGGGCUCGUCUUUGCUCCUCUCCAGCCCGUCCAUCAUGCAGGUGUCUGCGGCGCUCCCGCUGCUCGCGCUGCUGCUGCAGGGAUGCUGCACGGCCGUCCGCGCGUGGAAGGUGCUGAAAAACGACGCCACGGAGAUUUUACCGGACUUGAACAGGGACAACAGCCGGAGCCCGCUCCCGGUCCCGGUUCUGCAGAGCCUGGACGUCCAGAACAGCACCGCGAACAACAGGGCGAAAAGCGGAGGGAGACACUCCAACACAGUGUCUUACAGUGCCUCGGAGAUGAGCUGCAAGGAGCUGCGUUCCAACCGCUACAUCACGGACGGCUCGUGCCGCAGCGCCAAGCCCGUCCGGGAGCUGGUGUGCUCGGGCCGGUGCCUGCCCGCCCACCUCAUGCCCAACUCCAUCCUCCGCGGGAAGUGGUGGCGGAGCGGCGCCGCCGACUACCGCUGCAUCCCGGCGCACUCGCAGACGCGGCGGGUCCAGCUGCAGUGUCCGAACGGCAACGCGCGGACUUACAAGAUCCGCGUGGUCACGUCCUGCAAGUGCAAGCGCUUCAGGCCCCACCACAACCUCUCCGUCGCCAAGGAGGUGCCGAGGAGGCAAGCCAAAAAGAAGCACAGCCGCUCGCAGCAGGACCGGAGCAAGAACAGCACGCCGCUGACUGGCAACUCGUACUGAGGCGUCCCGGAAAGGGACAGAGACAAAAGCACACUCACACACAUGUUACUCAGAAACCCAACMUAUCUCCUUCACAUGAAGGGAUGCAAGAGAAAUAUCAAAGACAGAUUUCAUAAGCUAUUCACCAGGCUGAGACAUCAGUCUGUCGUUCGUUAGUACUUGUGAACUUUGCUUUUCUKCAUGACCAGAUGAGUCAGCGCCAGCUUGGACGUGCCAGAGACUGACCAGGAGGUGUCAGAUAAUACCGUAGAAGUAUCUCAUCACCUCCCGGGGCGUUUGAGUCUUCCUCCCGAAAACAUAAGAGAUCCUCUCCAGAACCCCCCACCCCCAUCUGUGCAAACAUCCAGCACGGAACYGAACCUGUUCGCUUUAAAUUGCGUAAAGGUGCAGCUCCUCUCCGGAGCGGUGGUAAUCCAUCACCUCGAGGCUGUGCGUGGGGGAUCUGGGGUCUCCUGCGGUGGGAAUAUCGACAAACUUUUCCUGCCGACAGCUCCACACACUCCUGCAAAAAAGACAAAGACAGCAAAGUUUUAUCUGCACCAAUGUCACGGGGUGGGGGGAAAUGGGUUUUCCUGUGAGUCCCCAUAAUUAGCCCAUUCCUGAUUUAGGAUUUAAGUCACAUGAAGCAAUUUUCUCUAGACGUAACCAGUUCCUGUUUGCUGGAAUCACAGAAAGAAAGUGCAGAUCGGUGUGCAGACCUGCUGCAGAGGUCGAGCCAAAAUCCAGCCGUGGGACUGAAGAAACCUCYGCUGCCCUUUCUGUAAAUAGCUCAAACAGGAAAAAUAGCAGUAAAAAUAAACAAUCAUUCAGUUUUAUCAUUGUCACGGUCGGUGGAGUCCGGUGAGGAAGCAGAGAUACUCGGCCUGUCACGGCCGGCGACUCGACCUUCUGCAGCAAAACGGACUGAACUCUACGCAGAGUAUCCCCCCGAUGUUUCCGCAUGCUGUCAGUUGCUUUUUCCUGCUCGUAUUGCUUCAAUUGUUUGCUUGUUUUUCGACCAAAAAAAAAAAAAAAAAAAGCAACUGGAAGGGGUUUUGACAUGUAAGCCGAGCUCUCGGCAGCCUCGAAUGUCAGGGAGCAUUAAAAGACAACCUGGGAUCGACGGAGACACAAAGAAGGACCUUUUUUUWAAAAAAAAAAAUGAAUGAACUGCAUAUUUAUUUUUUACGUCCACAUUUAAAUUAUUUAUGCGACCUUUUGUAGUAAAUGAUAACCAUUAUUGUCAUAUAGUGCGAUAGAGAAAAUGAAAACUGUACAGAACAUGAAUAAAAAGUAAAGGCAGAUAUAUUUGAACAAACCAAA